CGUUCAGUCGCGAUUGUGUUUUCGUCGCGUACGCGUUAUUUAAUCGAACAUCCCUCUUAACGUUUACGAAUAAAUAAUAGAAGAAAGAUUAUAGUCAUAAAUAACGUUGGCGAGCGCGUGUUGUUUGGUAAUAAAGUGGUGAGGAAGAACGGUGCUCGCCACCCUUACUCCACGAUUAAUAACAAACGUAAUCGGUCGUUCUUGCGCGAGCGAAAUAAAGAGUAAAAAAGGCUCAAGCAUGGCGGAUAUCGACGCGAAAGUGAACAUGUCUCUCGAUGACAUCAUAAAGAUGGAAAAGAAGAAGAAGACCAACCCAAAAGCAAAACAUGGCGGCAUGAUUAGAGGUGGUACCAUUAGAGGUGGUACCAUUAGAGGUGGUAUGAGAGGUACCACGAGAAGUGGUAACAGAGGUAACAUAAGGGGAAAUAACGUAAGAGGUAGAAAUAAUAACAAUACCCACAACCGGCAAAAUAUAAAUCAAGCGUUUAAUAAACGUGGUCAAUGGAAGAAAUACCCACAGAAAAGCGUGCACGGAGGAUUUGUCAAGAAAAGAUUUAACAACACUACCGUUAAGUCUAAUUUAACAAGAUCUCGAAGUAAUUUAUCAUUGAACAGAAUAAACGUAAAUAGCUCUAAAAAUGUCAGAGGAGGAUUUCCGUCUCGUCAAGGUAGCAAGUUUGGUCUUACACGCAGUAGAAGUCGCACAAAUUUGGUAUUCACGAAGCCAACAUUCCAAGCUAAAGCUAAAGGAUUUUUAAAAAGAACCAAUAGUAUGCCUAAUUUGCAAGAUCCAUCGUCAGUUUAUAAUAGAUUGGGUUAUCAAAGUCCAGCGCAAGUAGCUUAUAGAAACAGAGUUAAAAGAGCAAAGAAUGUAUCGCUUCAGAGGCAUAAUAAGGCAUUACGUAUGCAGAAUGCAUUUUCGCUGGUACCAACGACAAAUAUGAAGACAAUAGCUAUAAAUCAAAAGCAACAAUCGCCUUCAAGACGUUUCAGUACUGGAAGUUUGCGCUCUGAUCAAGUCAUGCGAGCACAAAGAAGGGCACAAUAUGAGCAAAAAUUAAUGAGAAUAGGCGCUGCACGUGCAAAUAAUUCCGUUGCUAUGUCAAUUAUGAAGGCGGCCUAUGAUGUAAAUCAAAGACAUCCUGCAAUGGCUCUUUAUCCAACGACGAUACAGACUCAGAAUCCUGUUGUUUUAACUCCACGUCAGUUGCAACGAGGAAGAUCACCUUUUAAACAGAAUUUACAAGGCCUUAAAGCUGUAACCAAAACGGCGGGCAGAUCGGCAAGUUACACCCAGAGGCAGCAGAAGCGUGCGAGGUCCAGGUCGCGUUCGCGCGCGCGACCCAAUAACAGCAUCAUCAAUCUUACGGACGCAGGCGACCUUGAGGACAGAUCGUUCAGCGAGGUCAUGUAUAGUCUGUCGAACAAGUUCGGCGUAACCGGACGAACACUCAACGACCGUUUCAGCUUGUUCUAGAUGGGAUAUGCCACGAACUGAAAUUACAAUGAUUUUUUUUUUUCAAAAAAAAAAGCUAUUUU